UUUUUUUUUCUUCUCUUUGCAUCAGUUCGGGUUUUCGUACCACGUUAGUGGGCUGCUUAAUUAUGGCCGAGGAAACAGCAGCUCUUUCGACUGGGACGGAAAAAACAGAGGAUACGUCCACUGCUCCUUCAACGUCUGCGGAAAAGGCUGAUGGAAUGGACAUAGAGACUGAAGCAAAGAAAUUGAUGGCUACUGGCCAAAAACAUCUUGUCAUGAAGGAUGUACGUUCUGCUGUGACCUCAUUCCAGGAAGCCAGCAGCCUUCUUGCAAAGAAGUAUGGUGAGACUGCAGAUGAGUGUGCUGAUGCCUUCUAUUCAUAUGGUAUGAGUCUUCUUGAACUGGCACGAAUGGAGAAUGGUGUUUUGGGGAAUGCAUUAGAAGGAAUGCCAGAGGAUGAGGAAGAUGGAGAAAAGGAAGAUCCCAAUAUUCCAAGUGCAGAUAACCUAGAUGAGAAAGAAAGGGACCAGUUGCGAGAGCAGGUUUAUAAUGCAAUGGCUGAAGAUGAGAGAGCCUCAAAAGCAACAUCCGAGUCUGAAGGAAAGGGAAAGCCUGAAGAUGAAUCAAAUAGGGAAACUGAUGAGAAAAAUAAGCCUGUAGAAAAAAUGAAUGGAGACAUGGAAACCGAAGAUGUAACGGAUGGCUUGAAAGCAGAUAGUGCAACUCAGGAUGUUACAAUGGAUGAAUCUGGGAAAGCGGAGGCUGCUAAAGGGGCAGAAACUCCUGGGGAGCAUACAGAAAAAGAGAAUAGUGAGGCUGAAACACAAAAAGAGAAGAUCAGUGAAUCCAAAGAGAAUGAGUCUAAAGAUCAAGAAAAGACUGAUGCUAAGGAAAUUGCAAAUCAAUCUCCGGACUCCACAGAGGUAACUGAAGAGAGAACCCAUACCGACACAUCAGAAAAAAUGGAUUCUGAAGUUUCAGCGGAAACUGAAGAGCCUAAAAGUAUACCAACUGAAAAUGAAGCAAGCAAACCUGAUGAUAAGGAAAAGAUGGAGGGCGAAGAAGAGGAAGGGGAAGACUCUGAAGAAAAUGACGAAGGAACUGAAGAAAAUGAAGGAACUGAAGAGAAGGAAACUGAAGAGGAGGAUGUUGGAAAUCUGCAGCUAGCAUGGGAAAUGCUGGAUCUUUGUAAGCUAAUAUUUAAAAGGCAGCAAUCAAAAGAAGCUCAGCUUAAGGCUGCUCAAGCACAUCUAAAACUAGGAGAAGUUAGCGUUGAAUCAGAAAACUAUUCUCAAGCUGUUGAAGAUUUCUUAGCCUGCCUUAACAUACAGAAGGAGCACUUGGAAGAACAUGAUCGUCUUCUUGCAGAGACUAAUUAUCAUCUAGGUUUAGCAUAUCAGUACAGCAGUAAGCAUGAAGAUGCGAUAUCUCACUUUACCCAGUCUGUUGGGGUGAUUGAAAAAAGAAUGGGUGUGCUUACAAAACAACUGGAAACAUCUGUAGGUGAGCCUGAUGAAGUCAAAAAGGAAAUGGAUGAAUUGAAAGAUUUGCUUCCUGAUAUCAAAGAGAAAAUUGAGGAUUCCAAAGAGGCUCAGAAAAAUGCAACUGCCACAGAAAUAGCACUUAAAGAGACACUGGUUGGAGGAUCUUCUGGCUUUUCCCAAGAAAAUGGAAGCACUUCUGCAUCUUCUACUACAGUAGAGAAAAGUGGUGACAGUACUGUGCCGGUUACAAAUUGUGUAUCUGAUAUUUCUCACCUUGUACGAAAAAAGCGGAAACCUGAAGAGGAGAGCCCCCUUAAAGACAAAGAUGCAAAGAAAUCUAAGCAGGAACCAGUUGCAAAUGGAGCAGGGAAUGGAGAUGCAGUAGUACCUACAAACGAAGAGGCAGAGAAGGCUGAAGAGGCUUCCAUGGAGACUGCUGCUGUAGAAACUACUGCAUGACCUCCGGAGGCAAAACACUUUUGUAUAUAUGUGUGUGGGGGGGUUAUUUUUGUUCUCCCAACUUGGUUGAAUGUCUUUUUGUAAAACUAAUAAAGAUUAAAGCUGA